AUGGUGACUCCCGCUAUUCUCUCGUUGAUCUUCGCCUCUUCGGUUGCUGGCCACGGAUACCUUACUAUUCCGUCCAGUCGUACCCGUCUUGGGUUUGAAUAUGGUACCGACACAUGCCCUGAGUGCACAAUCUUGGAGCCUGUCGCCUCUUGGCCAGACCUCGAUGUCGCCCCUGUCGGCCGCAGUGGGGUUUGCGGUUACAAUGCACGUGUCAGCGUAGACUAUAACACGCCGGGCGCCGCUUGGGGACAGUCGACUGUCGCAACAUACACGCCGGGUCAGGUGGUUGAUGUGCAGUGGUGUGUUGACGCCAACGGUGAUCACGGUGGCAUGUUCAGCUACCGUAUCUGCCAGAACCAAACCAUUGUCGACAAAUUCUUGACCCCCGGUUACAUCCCGACCACCGACGAAAAGCAGGCGGCUCAGGAUUGCUUUGACGACGGGAACCUGGACUGUACCGAUGUUUCAGGUCAGACAUGUGGCUAUAAUCCCGACUGCAGCGCUGGUACAGCUUGUUACCGCAACGACUGGUUCACUUGCAACGCUUUUAACGCUGAUAGCCGUCGUGGCUGUGAAGGUGUCGAUAACGCAGCCCUAGGUUCAUGCAAGACGACCAUUGCUGGCGGAUACACAGUUACAAAGAAGAUUAAGAUCCCGGACUAUAGCUCAGACCACACCCUGUUGCAGUUCAAGUGGAAUUCCUUCCAGACGGGUCAAAUAUAUCUGUCCUGUGCCGACAUUGCUAUCAGUGGCAGCGGCUCGACAAACCCAUCAUCGACCGUGAAGACGUCGACUGUCUCUUCCACGGUCUCUUCUACAGCUACCAAGACCACUUCAUCUGCGACUGCGACAUCUACUGGGACAGUUGCUGUCACAUUCAGUGAGUCUGUGACGACCGCAUACGGGGAUACCAUCAAGCUUGUCGGCUCCAUCUCUCAACUUGGCAGCUGGACCGUUGCCAGUGCGCCUGCGAUGUCUGCUUCCUCGUACACUAGCACGAAUCCAUUAUGGACCUACACUCUAUCACUGCCGGCAGGAACGUCCUUUGAAUACAAGUUCGUCAAGGUCACCAGUUCCGGUACCGUGACAUGGGAGAGCGAUCCCAACCGCUCUUACACCGUCCCAGCAUCUGCUGCGACUGUUAGCACUUCAUGGAGAUAG